GACAGACAUCUUGCAACGAAUACAAUAUGAGUCUGACGUUUUUAAAGCUUGUUUUAACACCAUAAUAGGCUUGCUGCUGAGGUACAGAUGGAACUCUUUCAUUUUGCUCAAAUAUCAUAAUAAAACGAUUUCAGUUUUAACGCACGUAAUAACCAAGCUAAUAACAUCCCUUUAGAUAGACUUUCCUUUCAAAUGUAAAUUAAAUGUCUAACAUCCGUUUUCAAAACGUCACCAAAAAUCAAAGAUUAUUGAAAAGUUCAUAUAAAAAAAAAGAUAGUCAACUUUAAGUUGCCAUUAAUAUUACCUAACCAGAGUUAGAAAAUAAUACCAGCCAAGUCAAGCAGCGAGGUAGACCUGCCCACAGAAAACUUGCGUUACACGGACAAAGUUUUCAUUUUUUUAAAUAUAUUUUUGAGCGCAAGAACUGAUAAGAACGCAAUUUAAACUUUCGUCUUUUACCCGUUUACCCUGUUUUUAUUUUAUUCCACUGCGGAACUUCACGUGAACCUUACGAGUGAAAACGGGGCCAAUCAGUUAAAAAUUCAAAGCCAAAAGAGUUCCACUAACGCUUUCUUUCACCCGCAGCAAUUAUCAAGGAGUGAGCAGAUGACUAUAAUUUGCCGUAUUCAAUAUUCAAUUACCGUAAAUAUGUCAGUUAGGUAUUCUAACGAACAAUGGUCAAAACACCCCCCCGCCAAGUAAGCUGCACAAUAACAAUGUUGUUUAAAGACGUCCGCACUUGUUUGACUUCCCUUGUUGGCAAGAUAGUCAGCUUAAGGAAACCAUUGUUUUAACAGACCUCGCUCACCUGUUAAACAGGAACACUCCAAAGGUAACUAUCUACGCCAGCAAAUUCAAGGAGCUAAACACUUUGAUCUUAGGAUCAGUCCCACUAAGGAGAGUACAACUCAACAUGGUUCGUACAAUGCGUUCGUUCAACUGCUUCGCGUUUAUUGGUUUAUUAUGCUAUGCCGUUGUUCAAGCCCCAUAUAGACAGGGAGAUAUCAUGUUGGGUGGCGUCUUUAGUAUUCGCCAAGAAACGUCAGAGGGUCAUUGCGGGGAGAUCACCAAGAGAGUGGCAUACGCUGUCGCAAUGAUCUAUGCCAUAGAAAAUAUCAACAAUGACCCAAAUCUUCUUCCAAACAUUUCUCUAGGAUACGACAUACGGGAUUAUUGUGCCAAUAUCACUAAAGCAACCCGAAUCACCUACGAUCUGUUUCAAGAGACGUCCUGUACCAACGCUACACAGAGCAAAAUGGGUAAGACGUCUAUCGUGGCCUUAAUCGGCCCAACCGAAUCUACCACAGCGCUAGUUAUCGCUGGAUUUCUUGAAAUGCUUAAUGUUUCAGCUAUGAGCACAACAGCAAUGAGUUCUGUACUCAGUUCUCAUACCUACAAACACCUAUAUCGAACAGUGCCGUCAGAUACCUUUUUAGCAAAAGCAGUUGCUGAUAUCAUUGAACACUUCAACUGGACUUACGUAGCUGCUAUUGGGGUCGAUGAUGCGUAUGGACGAUAUGGUGUGUGGUCACUCAUCGAGGAAGCCGGCAAUAAAAAUGGCUCAUUCUGUGUUGCUAUGACAAAAUUCAUACCCCAUCAUGGUGCGCAGAUUACAAACACUAAGGAUAUAGUUACAGAGCUCAGGCGACACGAAAACAUCAGAGUGAUCAUCCUGUGGAUGUACGGUGCCAUUCUGAGGAACUUCGUCCGGGAAGUCGGCCAACAAAAUCUCUCCGGGCGAGUUUGGGUUGUAAGUGACAUAGCCUUCUCUUUGAAUGUAAAUGAG